AUGUCUGUCGAAAAGAAGGCCUCCAAUACCGGCUCCGGCCGCGACCUCGAGUUCGCCGGCACCACCAUGACCACGUCGACGCGCCUGGCCGCCAUGUUCGGCGGCAAGGGCGUCACCGUCGGCCCGCGAAUUGCACCCGUACCCGACUGGCUCAAGGUCGAUGUGUCCUCGGACGGCGACGAGCACACGAGCGAGGCCAUCCUCAAUCGCCAGCUCGCCUCCGAGGAGGACGCCUCCAUCCAGUACCGCACAUGCAGCUGGCAGAAGACGGCUGCCCUGCUCUUCAGCGAGUACAUCUGCCUCGCCAUCAUGAGCUUUCCCUGGUCCUACUCCUUCCUCGGCCUCGUGCCCGGCCUCAUCCUCACCAUUGUUGUUGCCGCCGUUGUUCUCUACACGAGUCUCAUCAUGUGGGAGUUUUGCCUCCGUCACCCCGAGGUCCGCGACGUCUGCGAUCUCGGCCAGAUGCUUUUCUGGGGCAAGGAAUGGGCCUGGUGGGGGACUGCCCUCAUGUUCGUCUUGAACAACACCUUCAUCCAGGGACUCCACGUGCUGGUCGGCGCCGAGUACAUCAACACCAUGACCGAGGCCGACAAGAUCGGUGGAUGCCGCACCGUCGAGUUCUCUGUUGCCAUUACCGUCAUCUGCUGGCUCGCCUCCCUGCCGCGAACCUUUAGCAUGAUGUCCAAGCUUGGCACUGCCUCGGCCUUGUUCACCUUCAUCUCUGUCUUGCUGGCCACAAUCUUUGCCGGCGUUCAGGGCAAGCCGGCUGGCUACGCCCCUCUGACCAAGGGCGAGCCUAUUGUGACUGCCAUUCCCGUCCACAGCACGACCUUUGUGCAAGGCAUGGCGGCUUUCCUCAACAUUAGCUACACCUUCAUCGGCCAAAUCACCCUCCCGAGCUUCAUCGCUGAGAUGCGCGAUCCUCGGGAAUUCCCCAAGUCGCUGUGGGCAUGCACCAUCGCUGAGAUCAUCGUCUUUUGCGUCGUCGGCGGCGUCAUUUACGCCUACACUGGCAACCAAUACGUGACGGCACCUGCGUUCGGUUCGUUGCACGACCUGUACAAGAAGGUGUCCUUCUCCUUUAUGAUCCCGACAAUUAUCUUCCUUGGUUGCCUGUAUGCCUCGGUCACGGCACGCUUCGUCUUUUUCCGAUGGUUCAAGGGCUCCCGUCAUAUGAACGACCACACUGUUGUGGGCUGGGGUGCCUGGGCCGGCAUCCUGUUGGUGACGUGGAUUCUCGCCUUCAUCAUCUCGCAGGUCAUCCCGUUCUUCUCUUCACUCCUCUCUGUCAUGUCUUCACUGUUUGACAGCUGGUUCGGCUUCAUCUUUUGGGGUGUUGCCUAUUUCCGCAUGCGCGGCGCCGACCGAAAGGUCGGGCGGUAUCGAAGCCCCGCCUUCGACUGGCUGUCCAUGGCGCUCAACGUCGUCAUCAUCCUCACUGGAGUCUUCUUCCUCACGGUGGGCACGUAUGCCAGUGUGCAGGGCAUCAUCGACUCGUUCGCGGCAGGCGAGGUUGGCGGCGUUUUUUCUUGCAAGAGCAAUGGCCUGUAA